AUGCCUAGGAAAUUGGAUUUCGACGACAGUCUUUUUGCAGAUUUGCCGGAAUGGGCAGACGUGACGCCUGUCGAGCAAUACGAGGGGGUGAACCCCGUCGCACCCAUCUUUUACACACCAGAAUACACGGAUGCCACGAACUACUUCCGCGCAAUCGUCCAAAGUGGAGAGAAGAGUGAAAGGGUGCUAGAUCUUACCGAAAACAUCAUUAGGCAAAAUCCAGCACACUAUUCUGCCUGGCAAUAUCGUUAUGAGACCUUGGUUUCGCUUUUACCUACGCCAACACCAUCUUCACAUCCCCUCUUGACUGCAGAAGUGGAGCUCAUGGAUGAACUCGCUGUACUCUUUCUCAAGACUUAUCAAGUAUGGCACCACAGACGUUUGCUAGUUCAAAUAACCCGCGAACCACAAAGAGAACUUGAUUUUAUUAAAAAAGGACUGCAAGUAGACUCUAAGAACUAUCACACCUGGAGCUACAGACAAUGGAUAUUAGGAUUCUUCGGUGGAAAGGGGUCAAUCAGUAAAGAGGGCGACGAAGAAAUUGACGAGGAUCUGUGGGCCAGUGAACUGGACUUUGUGGACACCCUUCUGGCCACCGAUGUUCGAAAUAACUCGGCCUGGCACCAUCGCUUCUUUGUUGUCUGGGCCUGUGGAGUACGUGAAGGGGAAGAGGACCGAGAACGGGUCCUCAAACGCGAACUCAUCUACGCAAAACAAGCCAUAUCCCUUGCUCCAUCAAACCCAUCAGCGUGGAAUUACCUUCGGGGUAUACUUGCGCACACCAAUACGCCUUUUUCUUCAUUAGUCACGUUUGCCGAAGCCUAUGCUUAUCCACGCGAAUCCGUUGAUGCUAAGCAAAGGGAUAUUGUUGAUCUAGAAAACCCACUUCCGAGUGAAAGUGCAGACUUACCUUGCGCAGAAGCUAUGGAAUUCCUGGCGGAUGCUUGGGAAGUUGAAGGAGGACAAGAAAAAAUAGAUGCAGCUGUGACAAUGUGGACGGCCCUGGCUAACGAACGAGAUGUCAUGAGAAAGAAAUAUUGGGAGCAUCGUAUUCGGGACGCGCAUCUUGGUUUACGAGGAGGGCAGAAGAAGACAACGACAGCCUAA